AGAAAAAAGGUUUCCAAUUAAGAUGUAUCUCACUAACACGAAUAAGCAAUUCAGGAAUCUCAUCUACACCAUUCAUCUAAACCAAUUUCUCAAAUUGAUCUUAAUUCUCCGUUACACAAAAUUAAAUACCGUGUGGCGCGUCAUAUAAGAUUAUUGCAGUAACAGUAGUAGCUUCUAGAACCGACAACAUUUUGCCGAGGUUUUUAUACCUUUGUUUCAAUUCCGUCUCCUUAGUUUUCGCUGGUUUUUCUCCAACAGGUCUCUACAGAAAAAAGAGAGAAAGAAAAGAGGAGGGAAAAAUGGCAGGUUCACAUGUUGCGCAUGCUGCAUACAAAGGUCCAAGUGUAGUGAAGGAGAUUCUGAUUGGGAUUGCUCUUGGCAUUGCGGCGGGAGGCUUGUGGAAGAAGCACCACUGGAACAACCAGAGGAGAACCAAAGAAUUUUAUGAUAUGCUUGAGAAAGGUGAUAUCAGUGUUGUCGUCGAUGAAGAGUAGACUGCCUUUGAAAUAGUAAUGUAAAACAAUACUCCUACACUUCCUAGUAAACUAGUAAACUUUGGAUUUUCCUGUUAUAACUUCAACUUGACAAGUCUCAUGUUUGGAAAUUUUACAUCUGCUGGUCACUUGCCUCUGGUUUGUUCAAUGGCCGUUCAGAUAUAGUCCUUUUCGAGAUGGGAAUUUCUGUUGCCUUGCCUGGAAGUUGUGAACUUAAUCUAUAGUUAUUGUGAAAAUUAAUUUCCUGUUCAGCAGA